CAUUCCAAGCUUGGUUAAUGCACCCAGUGAGAACCAAGUGGUGGAACCACCAAGAGUCUUGUCUCGGAGAAGCACUUGGUGGUGACGGGGAGAGCAGUGGUAGCGCCCUGGGGCAGGGGGGGUCUGCUGCAGGAGGCUCUGCCUCCCCAACCCGCAGCUCCUGGUGCUCUGAAUGCUGCCAAAGCCGGGAGGAAGGCACUCUGUGAGGGUGGACUUUGCUCACAGGAGCCUGGAACUGAAAAUUGAUGUCCUGACAUCUCAGAGCAUCCCAAAUCCGGAAUGACUGGGGAGAAGCUGCUUUCGUUGACUACUUGGAUUCCUGCGUGUCUGUUCAGAGAUGCCAGCACUUCCCAAUCUAGCCACUGGUGCUGAGCUUGGAUCUGCUCUGUCCUGCUGAGGUAGGUCUGGGCCAUCCCACCUCUCCUGGCCUCCAAGGAGUCAUGGAGGACAAACGCAACAUCCCCAUCAUUGAGUGGGAGCACUUGGACAAAAGGAAGUUCUACGUGUUUGGGAUCUGCAUGACGAUGAUGAUCCGCGUGAGCGUUUACCCCUUCACGCUCAUCCGCACCCGGUUACAGGUUCAGAAGGGCAAGAGCUUGUACAAGGGGACUUUUGAUGCCUUUGUGAAGAUCCUGCAGACAGAAGGGACAGCCGGGCUCUAUCGUGGCUUCUUGGUCAACACCUUCACCCUCAUCUCAGGCCAGUGCUACGUGACGACCUACGAGCUCACCCGCAAGUACGUGUCGCGCUACAACAACAACAACGCUGUCAAGUCUCUGGUGGCGGGGGGCUCGGCCUCCCUGGUGGCCCAGAGCAUCACGGUGCCCAUCGAUGUCAUCUCCCAGCACCUCAUGAUGCAGAGGAAAGGGGAGAGCAUGGGCAGGUUCAAGGUGCAGAACCAGGAUGGCAAACGGCUCUUGGUCUUUGGCCAAACCAAGGACAUCAUUGUACAGAUCUUCAAGGCCGAUGGCUUUAGAGGCUUCUACAGGGGUUACGUGGCCUCACUGCUCACCUACAUCCCCAACAGUGCAGUCUGGUGGCCCUUCUACCAUUUCUAUGCUGAACAACUUUCUAGCUUGACUCCUAAAGACUGUCCCCAUCUCCUCCUUCAAGCUAUAUCUGGGCCACUUGCAGCUGCAACAGCUUCAACACUCACCAACCCCAUGGAUGUCAUCAGGGCUCGGGUUCAGGUGGAAGGCAAGAGCUCCAUCAUCCUCACGUUCAAACAGCUCAUGGCAGAGGAAGGUCCCUGGGGCCUGACAAAGGGCCUCUCCGCCCGUAUCAUCUCAGCUACUCCUUCCACCAUCGUCAUCGUGGUGGGCUAUGAAACUCUGAAGAAGCUGAGCCUCCGCCCAGAGCUGGUGGAUUCAAGACACUGGUAGAGGCAAGUGGUGAAGAGAAACCUUCCUUUGCACCCUCGGUUGGACCGUCCUGGUGGAGAGCUUGAGGGUAGGAGAAGCUGCUGCCUUCUCCUUUGUCUCCAGCCGGUUUCACAGAACAAGGCAGAACCAAGAGCACCUGCAGCUCGCCUCUUCGGGUUCGCCUGUCACCCAGUGCUCUGCUGCAAACCAUCAGGAUGUGACCUUUGGCAACGCAGUUUGCCCGUGACGCUUUGUCCAGGAGCACAUCCUGGCCCCACCUUCCUUCCCGUAGGGGGGUUUUAGGUGAAAGACUUCCCUGGCUGGAGCCAAAAGCCAGCUUCAGUUGUUCUAAUCGUUGCCAAGCUGCCGCGGAGGAGAGGGCAGCACACGGCAGCAAGAGCCCUCUCGUGGGUUGGCUGCUCACUGCACUUGUCCUGUGGGAAGCUGGAAGAUCCAGCCCCGUUUCUCCAGUCACCCACGUUGAUUUCUAGAUGUGAGUAACCUGGAACCACUUCAGCCCUUCUUUGAGGCGAUCUGUAACAUCCCCUUUUUGUAUGCACUCAGAAAAUGGUUUCCUAUCUCUCAUCCUUCAAACAGCAAAACAGGAGUCGAGCUGUUUGUAACCACCUGGUGGCAGUUUGGACACUCAACCUGUGCUUUUAAUCUGGUGUUAUUUAAUGUUUUUAUCUUAGGGACGCUGCUUCUGAUUUCGGGGGGGACUGAGUGGUUGUGCUGUGGCCUUGUUCAACGUGUCAGUAGUGCAUGUUCAGGGUGGCCGCUGCCACUUCCCACCUUUUCCUUAGUUGAAGCACAAACAAGGGUGGCGUUUGGAAGCUUGUGCUGCCGGCACGAGAGUGAGUUGAGCUCCAACUGGAUGUGAGGUGGGGAAGGAAGAAACCUUGGACUGGCUUUUGAUCCAGUUCCAACCUGGUUGACGUGUUCAUAUUGAAUAAGAAGUGAUGGGUCACUAAUACUUUGUACGUUUAAAUCCUGCUUCUCCUGUUUGGGAAGGGCAGGGAUGACUCUUUGCACUGUCGUGCUGGAUCAAAACCUUAAGCCAUGCUCCUGUGUUUUUUAACCUGCAAUCGAGUGACGAAGCAAGAGGGGAGGAGAAGGGCUGACGGGGUUGCUUUGGCUCUCAGUAGUUGAGGUUUGCCGCUCCUCAUGCCAUGGUGCUCAUCCCAGGUAGGUGGACACCUGCGAGGGGAGGGAUGCACCUCCACAGCACGGGGGGGUCGCUGCCUCUCAUCAUCUUGCUGCUGGAAUUCUUGGUUGCAGCAUUGGUCCUGCUGCGCUGUGGCUCCUGCCAGGCUCUUGGCUGCCUUUUCACGCCAGCAGAGACUGCCUGGGCCACAGCUGCUGCUGGAGGUGCCAAAAUGCUGCUGACGAUGGACCGAGGCUUGUGCCAUGAGGUGCAGAACUGGGUUCGAAGACGUGGUACUCAUGAGUGGGGUUGCAGAUGAGGCAGGAAAGGCCUUUUAAUCCCACCUUUGUGUCUUGCAGCAUUAAAGAAGGUGGUGAUGCACUCUGCAAGCUGCUCCUCUCUUGCCUUUUUGUUGGUUCUUUCUGUAAUAGCAGAGUGCUCUUCCAGAGUGGAACAGCAGCACCUCAAGGCUUGCAGGGGCCCUCCCGAGCGUGUGGUAGCCCCGUUCUCACACAAAGGUGGUACUAAUCCUGGUUUAAAAUCAAAACUAACCAUCAGGCUCUGGUGGGUACCAGCAGGGUAAGUGUCUGUGUGUGGUGGGGAAGUGGCAGCACGGAUGUAGGGACUUUCCAGCUUCAUGUUCCUCUCGUAACCAGCGAAGUUCUUGACAACUAAUAAACUUCAGAGACCUUCGAUGUGA